UGAGUUUAAACGCUGUCUACUUUCGGUAUCGUUUUCGAGUAAAUCUUGUUUUUUGGACGCAUCGUUGUUGUUGGGUAGCUCAGGGGCAUGUUACAACGGAACAACACCCAGCUGGAUUAGACAGUUGCUCCCAGCUGAACCGACCAGUUUCACAAUGUCCGUGGUGGUACAGAACACGCAAGGCUGGAUUGUGGAUGCGUGCUCACUCAUUGAUCAGGGGUAUUCGCAAUGCAUCCGAUUUAAGGAUACUCAAAAGUCACGUUUCAAGUGUUGUUUCAAAAAGCAAUGCUUUCAUAUUUUUAAAAGUUACUGUAGUGCGAAUGCCAGUGCUGCUGUGGGUGGAAGAAACACGGACACGUUGCAGGAAACAGACAAACCAGCAAAGAAAAGGAAACGAAAACACAGCGAACUGAACCAGGGGGAAGUUGAUUCACAGGCCUUCCAUCAGAAGAUCAGGUCUGUGAUCCUGGAGGGAACCAAGUCUUUGGUGGAUUCUGCCCAAUCCCUUGGAUAUCUGAAUGGAGUGACGGGCACGGCGAGCGAGCCUCUUCCCCCCCAGGAGUGCAGCCUUGCCGCCCUGUGUGAAAUGGCUAAAGAGCUCCCUCUGGUGGACGAGGAGGAGCAGGAGGAGUGUGUCCAGCUGCUUGUUGCUGAGGAUGGCUGCAGGUCACAUGUGGACCUGUUCUCUCAGGUGACAGAGAGCAGGGCCGGCUGGGCUACACUGGUUACACUGAUGGGAGAGGAGUAUGUGAUACCACCAUGCACAGCCUUCCUGCUUUCUGAUUUUACAAGGAUACAACCUCUGGUUCACUAUGGAAAGAGGUUUGACUUAAUAGUUAUGGAUCCACCGUGGGAAAACAAGUCUGUGAAAAGGAGUCGCAGAUACAGUUCUUUGCCCUCAACCCAGCUGAAACGGCUCCCAGUACCCCUACUGGCGUCUCCGAACUGUUUAGUGGUCACCUGGGUCACAAACCGGCCAAACCACCUGCGCUUCGUCCGUGAUGAGCUGUAUCCACACUGGGGAGUAGAAGUUGUGGCCGAAUGGUUCUGGGUCAAGGUCACCACAUCUGGACAGUUUGUGUUUCCGCUGGAUUCACAUCAUAAGAAGCCGUAUGAAGUGCUGGUCCUGGGUCGAUAUCGUUCCUCUGCAGAUAACUCCAUGAGCUCUUCGGAGACGUCAGAGGUUCCUGUUCAGGAUCGCCGUUUGAUUGUCAGCGUCCCAUCAGCCCUCCACUCCCAGAAGCCUUCACUCUCAGAGGUGUUGAAGCCCUACGUCAGAGCUGAAGCCAAGUGCUUGGAGCUGUUUGCCCGAAGUCUUCAACCUGGAUGGACCAGCUGGGGCAAUGAAGUGCUCAAAUUUCAGCACACGAGCUAUUUCACUUUGACGCCGGCCGUUGAUCGAGGAGACGUUCCUAAAGACGACGCCACAGACGAGUGCACGGACAAACCCAGAGACUCAGCAGAGUUUAGCCCGCCUGGAGAAUUCUCUCCUCCCCAUCACUGACCCACCUCUGUGGACUAACGUCUGACCUUAACACUAUUUCAGUUGUUUUUAAUAAAGAUUCGAUAGCAAAAUAUUUCUAUACCAUUUCCUUUUGAUCUGUACUUCUCAUGAUUGUGGGACCUUUUGAUUUGUUUUUUUGGGUCAGGGUACAUUUUUAAAGUAGUGAAUCACAGGGCUGAUGAUGCAUUUGGAGAGAUGAAAGUGCAUUUUUGUGCAGCUAUGUUUUUAACUUCCCACACCGCAAUCAGAUAAACAACAUUCAAGGUUUUAUUUUUUUACUCUUUUGAGCAAUCUUUGGCACAAUAUGUGUCAAAUGGAUGAUCAAAGUAUUUCUAUUUUUUACUCACUCUAUGCUAUUUGAGCUGAAUUUCAAAAUGUUUCCAAAUCCUAAUGAAAGAGAUAUUUUCACGUUGAAUGUAUUCGGCUUGCUCGUAACUUUCAACAGAGUUUGCUGUUUAAAGUUUCACUUGAACAAGUCACUGCUGUAUCCUCCGCUCUGCCUUUGUACUGUCAAGGACACCCAGAUCCAUCCUUACGUAAUUUGUGCGUGAAUUUUUUCUUGUUUUCUCUGAAAGACGCACUUUUCCCCGUGUCACGCUUCAAACCGUCAGCACAGCCAUUAAACUGCCUU